AUGGUCGAGAUGGGUGUGAGCCCUAAUGUAAGGACUUACGCGACUUCAGUUGAUGGGUACUCGAAAAAGGGUUGUAUCGAGCAUGCCUUCAGGUUGUGUGAAAAAAUGAUCGAGCAAGGUUUUACUCCCAACUCGACAGUUUACAAUUCGCUCAUACACCAACUGUAUGUGGAGGGAAAUGUGAGUGAAGCCUCGUUUUUAGUUUCGAACAUGAUGGAGAAUCACGUGCAGCCCGAUGAAGUCACGCAUUCUGUUAUCGUGAAAGGGUUGUGCAGAAAUGGAGAAAUAGACGGGGCUUUGAGGAUUCACAAGUGGAUUGCGGAAGAGAAUUCCAUAAAAGAUGCUUUCUGUCACAAUAUUAUCAUGAGCUAUCUUUUGAGGACUAAAGAUAUACGUGGGGCCAAACAGGUCCUAUGCAGCAUGUUCGUACGAGGGCUCGUUCCAGAUAUGGUCACGUACGGUACUUUGAUCAACGGUUAUCGGAAAGCGUGCGGAAUUGAAAGUGCGGUUGAGAUAUAUAAUGACAUGAUUAGGGUCGAUAAAAAUCCGAACUUGGUGAUUCUAAACUCGAUUUUGGAUGGCUUUUGCAAGGAAAAAUCGGUGGAUUUUUCCGUAUUGUUGGCGGAGGAGAUGAAAAGAAAUAUGCUCGUGAGUAAUUUACAAAACACUUCAAUUUGA